AUGGCAAUGUCAUUAUUUGGCGGAUAUUAUGGCUGGAAAACGCGGCUAAUAUUUAAAUCUCAAGCGUUCAUUUGGAAAUAUUAUGGACAGGCUCGCAUGGAGGAGUUGACGUUGCAAUGGCUGGCACAUCUAUUGGCUACAACCAUGACCUUCUGGAACAGAAACCAAUUUUUACGGGAAAUCCACGAUGUACUCUCAAUGCCGGCGGAUUAA